AUGGCUGCCCACAUGCAGGCCAAUAAAGUGUUGGUGUUUGCAGAGUGGGGCUAUGGGUUUAGAAGGGCUAUCAACAACAUUCCAUUACAGGUUCCUACCAGUGGUCUCCAUGGUUCCACUGAUGAUUACACACUUGCUAAUCAGAAUCAAGCUGCUACAACCACACCAGUUUGUGAGCAAUGUGAUGAUAGCAACAAACCAGUGGCGUACUGCCACACCUGCUCAGACUACCUGUGUGAAGAGUGCUUGAUAGCUCACAAGAGACUUAAGGCUUAUCGAGAUCACAAGACAGUCAAUAUCACUCCUGGGAAGGCUCUUGAUUUCAAGCCCCGGUCAAAGAAGAACUAUUCGUGUAGUGUUCACCCUGAAGAACCGCUAAAGCUUUACUGCAAGAGUUGUAAAAGCUUGGCCUGCCUCCUGUGCUUUGUGGGGCUACACAACGGCCAUGACAUUGGAAGCAUUGAUGGUAAAACAAGACAACAAGUGGAAAAAACUAUCAACAAUCUUGUGAAAGAAACAGAUUCAAAAUUGAGGGAAUAUAAAGACAGCUUGAAAUAUGUUACUACCCUUGAAAAGGAAAAGAUAGAAGCUCCCAUUCCACUUAAAGCUCAAGUUGAUAAGAAGGUUGAUUUUCUCAUCCAACAACUUGAAGCAAGGCGUAAAGAACUACACAAGGAGAUUGACGAUGCUUGUACGAAAGACCUCAAAGAAUUGUGGGCACAGAAAGAAUACCACGAGACAGCCAUUACGAGCAUGGAAGGUGCUCUGAGCUUUGCCAGAAGAGCUCUAGCCUGCAAGGAAGACACGGAACUACUGGCCCUCUGUGCACAAGUCACCUCCAGACUGAAAGAGCUGAGUCAGCUAGAAUGGGAUAGUCGGUCCACAAAUAAAAUCGAAAUGAAAACCCUUGAAUUUAAACAACCUCAGAGGAAGAGGGGAACAGAUACGACAGUUGGAGAUAUACAAAUAGCAACUCCUACGCCUAAUAUAAUUAUCACCACAGAGCUACAGAAUCGUGUUCCAUAUUCUCAUGGUUGUAGUAUUACGUUUCAAGUAACAGCAGUAAUGAACUAUAAAUGGAAACCUCCUAAACUAACUGCUUCAGCAACUUAUGCACAAGAAGACAAAUAUGAUCGAAGGAUAUAUUAUGAAUGUAUAACUGAGGAAAAUGCUACAGCAAACAGUUGGACAGUUAAGUUCACUCCUAAACUAUCAACUACUUACACAAUUACAUUUCAAAUCAAUGGUGACUAUGGAGGCAUAGAGCUACACAAAGCCUCUGAAUACCGUAUCGAAGUAUGUAGUAUCCCUAGGUGAAACGUCAGACUACCACUCUAUGGAAUUAGAAACUAGAACUGCAUCAUCAUAUACAGUAACAAAGUUUUGCUUUCUAAACAUAAUCUACUACUUAACGUUGCUUAUGGAAAACUGCACAUCACUGUACACCAUAUAAUGUCAUGACUGAAAGAACAGUGACCUAAUUGCAUACUGUAGUCCUGGAUUGUACGUAUACAAAAUAAUGCACUGUUAGUAUAAUCAAGAGUUCAUGAACUCUUGGUAUAAUUAUUGUACAUGUAAUAAAGACACAAAUUGCUUUACACAAAGACACUUACAUGUGAUAGUACUUCAAUUGAACACCUUGAGCCAACGUUGA